AUGUCCUCUCCAUCAGCUAAACGUGGUCGUGGCAGGCCAAAGAAAAACCCUAACGCCGCUGCCAAGCCUAAAGGCGUGACCAAGCCUUCAGCGACUGGAAAGUCACGUGGUCGUCCAAAGAAGUCAGUGGAAGCUGCUUCUGAAGUCGAACAACCCAAAUCGCCCAAGGCCAAGCCGGCUGCCGCCAGUCCAGCCAAGGGAAAGAAGGGACGUGGACGUCCAAAGAAGGCCGAAGCCAAAGUUUGA